CGUCCUUUCUGCUCCACUGCCGCCUCUGACGACCGCACGACUCCGCCUAGAAGACUUACGACACCCCUAGUCAUUCAGAACACGCCGCGGAUUGAGCAUCAUGCGCACACGACCAGGCCUCAAGAGCUGUCUCAAGAUCACACCCCCGAUCACCCCCGACCUCAGCGCGGCCUCCAGCCCUUGUGGGUCGGGGCGCACGUCGCCCGCACCGCACAGCGAUGGCGGCUCAUCCGUCGGGAGCGGCGGGCGCAAGACCGUCUCGUUCUGCUCCCAGGAAGAGCUCGAGGAGAUUUACUUUGCGGACGAGUGGGACCGGAGCCCCGCCGCCGUCACCCCGAAGUUAUCCUACCAAGAUAUCCUCGAGCUCAAGCAGCUUCGCAUCUCUCUCCCGUACACCCCUCCUCCGCCGACUUCCCGUCAACCCUUCACUACCUCCUCGCCCUCGGCCGCCGCGAACGCUUCAAAUAAGCCCCCAUUCCCCGUCUCGAGGUUCGCCACAGGCCCCUCGUUCACGCCUUCCAAGUGGAGGAAUCGCUCACAACCUCAGCACGCGGACCCCGAGAUCCUACCUUACCUUGACGCGGUUCCCAUCCGUUUGCUGCCCCUCCUACCUCAGUCUUCUCCGCCACCUUCUCCGCCAUCGCACGGCUCUUCCUUACCGGAACCACAUCCGCAGACCCCGACCCCCACUGCGUCACCUGAGAGGAGACCUAUCCAGCCGCCACCAAGAGAACCGCCGGAAAUAAAGAUAGAGCCUGCCGUCACUUCGCCCACCUCUCCUCCCUCCCCAGUAAACGCGAGAAUGGCGAAUUUCGCCUUCAUGCCUCUGCUCCCAGUCCAGGACCCGGUUCCGGCUCCGCCACCACCCGUGUUGCCUCCGAGCGGGCCUGUUCGUCCGAAGCGGACAUUUAACAUGACAUUCCUCCCCGUUAACGCCGUCUCCGAAAGCGAACCUUUGAUGCUGUCAGACGCAGGGUCGGUGGGAACAGACGCCCCGUUACCAUCGUCAUCGUCGUUCGCCAGUGGGAAUGAUCCGCGGUCAAAUGACGCUGGCCAGCAGGCAUCUUCAGCACCAAAUACCUCUUCCUCUCCUCCCCACGCACCUAGUCAGCUUCCGCCGUCGUCCAAUAUGUCCCCGACAAUAUUCGCUCUGUCGCUCUCGUCAUCUACGUCGCAGGGUUCCGCCUUGGAGUCAGACGGAGAGACCGACACUACCGACACCUACGCUUCCGACACGGAUGCAGAGAGUGACGCUCCGAGCACGAGCACUCUGGGCAGUUCUCUGCACUCUCCGCCAUUGGACGACGACAUCGACGCUCAGGCGCGGCUUGAGGAGAUCAAGCUCGGGACAUCCGACUUCGAGUUCGAGCAGGCGGGAUACGCCCCGCGCAUACACACGCAGGAUCCGGGUUCGUAUUUUCCGCCAGUCGUUCUCGCAGACGUAGUCCCUCUGCCCAUCCCGAUCCCCGCGCACACCCAGCCCGCCGACGACUCGCCCUCCAGCGGCGCCGGGCAAACGCCUCCGCUCUCAGUGCUUUACCCAUCCCCUACCUCGCAGCAGAGAGCACUGCCGUCGCGUGAUGUACUCUCUGUCAUCACCGACGAAUCUUCUGACAACGUCGUGCCGUCAUCACAUCCGGAGCCUCCAUCUACGGAACGCGCCGAGGUUGACGUCCCGUCAAUACCCACCCUUUCAUCCGUCCCGCUCUCCAUUAUGACAGGGCGGGGUCAGGAUUCUAUGCCAAAUACGCCCCUCGCCAUGAGCCUCGCGCUCAGGAAGAAGAUCAUGCUCGAGGCGCUGCCCAGCCCGGCGCUCGCCCCGCCGUCUCCCUUCGAACUAGACCCUUUGGACACCCUCGGUGCUGGUUCGGCCUCCGCGAAUCGCGCACCUUCGAAAGGGCGGAUACUCCUGGAGACGUCUCAGACCGAGCUCGACCUUCUCUCGGGUGCGACCAAUGCCCUGGAGGCGCUCGCUGCGUCGAACCUGACUGAGGAGUCUACCAGGACGCCUCUUCCGGGCACGGCGGAGACCCCGAAGGACUCGCCGAUGCUCACCCUGGAGAGCAUGCGAGCGUCGUGGGACGCGAACGCGCGGGUCGGACUCGGUGUCGAGGCGGGCGUCGCUGGCGCGAGCAGCGCGCUGGGACCGAGCCUCAGCCGGAGACGCAUGUCAUAAGGAUUUCGACGGCGUGUAGGCGGCCUCCGGAGACGAUGACGAUGGUUUUAUGGUCAGUAUGGACAGGCGCAUGAGCACUUCUUGGUGUGUUUCUGGCCUGGCCCUUGGCUGCACCGUUCUCCUUACCAUCGCUUUAUUCUCCCCUUUCUUCUUCUAUAUUGUUCGCCUGCAUCAUUUAUCGGGACAUUCUCCUUUUUGCAAGCUCGCGCAUUACAUCCACCCCAUCCUCGUCUCCGCCACCGCCACAUACACCUGCACUAUCCGAUCCCGAGCUCGUCCCCUACCAUCUUCCGCACCCUCUAUCUUAUCGUCCAUACAUUAUACACCUUCAAUCUUGUACGACGCCUCGCGUCUUAUGCAUAGGAUUCCGGCUCGUCCCAUCCCACGCCCCCGCUUGCCCCGCCACACUGCAACGCCCCGCAUGUUGUCAUCUACAUAUCUCCCGCAUACAAUAUCUCGCCCACACUUCGUAGUUCCCUCACGCAUGCCUCGCGCGGGGCUGGUCGGCGGGCCGUUCGGACAUCUGCAUGCAUCUUCGCUCGUAGCCAUAGACGGAUCGCUCUCGCUCUCUUGUGCGCUGUACAUACUUG